AUGGCAGGAAACACAGAAAAGGGGCGCCCUGAAACACCAAUCAGUAUAAGUGCAACUUCAAGUUCAUCAGAGGAGGAUUCUGUUAUAAUCAAUGAAGGCUAUUAUCAAAUUCUUCAUCAGCCAGCACACAAGCAAGUGUCCAGGAGCAACUCUUCUCAGCUGCCAAGCAUAGACCCAUUUAUUCUUACAGAAUUAGAGGAGCAAGCAACUUGUGCAGCAAAAAGUUUAGCAUGGAUGACAAAUUACCUUGUACACAAACUUUCUGAAAUGUCUGUCACAACAAAGCAGACAGCUCAAACAUACAGUGAAGCUGUGCAAAAAGCAAGUGGCCAAGCAGAUGAUAAUAUCAGAAUGAUGUAUGGAUUGAUGGCAAAAUGUGAGGAAUUGAAUAGAAAAAUGAAACCAGUAUAUGAAAUUCAGAGCCAGGUUGAAAUAAUAAAAAAGAAACUUGAUAUUCUUGAAUCCAUUUGUAAAUAG